AUGGUUUUCCAUUUAUCUGCUUUAGGAAUCGUCAUCAACUUAAAACCUUCUAUGCAAUCGUGGGCCCACGAUUUCCUCGCCUUCUUCUUGCUCAUUACUCAGUUUGAAAUCUCAUUCCAGCAAUUGACACCUAACACUUUCUUGUAUGGGGUUCCUCAAAAGCUUCCAAGUCUCAAUAAUCCUUAUGAAACUUUCCUCACCCCACCUACGUUCCCUCCUGUAGAACCGAUUCAUUUCAAUGACUUGAACUCCUUCAAUAAGACCAUCAAACCCAUCAGCUUAGAUAUCGAGGCUUUGAUGAAUGUCCCAGAAAUUGUGAAUCAUUGGGGAUAUCCAGUUGAAAUCCAUGACGUUGUUACAGAAGAUGGAUAUAUCCUUCAACUUCAUAGAAUUCCAUACGGGAAAAAUGACACUAACCAAACAUCAAACAACCGGCCAGUGGUUUUUCUACAACAUGGGCUUCUUUGCACUAGUUCGAUAUGGUUAUUGAAUCUCCCCCACCAGUCAGCAGGAUUUGUUUUUGCUGAUUCUGGGUUCGAUGUUUGGUUGGGUAAUAUGCGUGGUAACAUCUAUUCGAAAGAGCAUACAAAUUAUAGCUCCAGUGAAUCAAGGUUCUGGAGAUUCAGUUGGGAAGAAAUGGCAAAGUAUGAUUUGCCCGCGAUGAUUGAUUAUGUCCUAAAGAAGACAGAUAAACCUUUUCUGUAUUAUGUUGGUCAUAGUCAAGGAACGCUGACAAUGUUCGCUCAAUUGAGUCGUCAACCAGAAUUCAAAUCUAAAAUCAGAAAGAUGUUUGCUCUUGCACCUGUUGCUCGCAUGUCUAACGUACAUGGUCUCUUUCAUUAUCUUGGAAAAAUAUAUGAGCAGUUCAAUCUAGUUUAUGCUUUAUUUGGCGACAAUGAAUUCAUGUCUAAUAACAUUUUCACACGAAUGUUAACUGAUAUCAUAUGCGACGUAUCGGUGAACAAUCCCAUCUGUGAAAAUUUCAUUUUUUCCGUUAGUGGUCCUAAUAGUAAUCAGUUGAAUUCGACCCGGAUAGGUAUAUUCCUUGCGCAUAAUCCAGCUGGAACCUCCGUUCGUAACAUGCUCCACUUCGCACAAAUGGUUCGGCGUAGGAGUAUGAGUGCUUUCGAUUUGGGAUUGGCCGGUAACCUCAAAACGUAUGGGAAGGCGGAACCACCUGAAUACAAACUGGACAAUGUAGAAGCCUCCAUGUAUCUGUUUUACUCUGAUUACGACUGGCUCGCCAAUUCAGUUGAUGUUGAAGGACAUCUGAUGAAGUCUUUACCGAAAACAACAGUAAAGCUCGCUAAGAAACUCUACAAGUUCAAUCACAAUGACUUUCUGUGGGGUUUGCGUGCCAGAAAAGAAAUUUAUGAUCCCAUUGUUAAUAUUAUCAAACUGGACGACAGACGCCUUAAGAUUCAGCGGAACUUAAGUUCUUUCCUUGACCGUAAAGGCCAAUCUUUACGAAAAAACGAUUCCACGAAAUCCAGUAACUCAACGUCAGAGUAA